AUGUCCAAGAAGGAUGUGACGUGUUUCUGGAUCGUACUGCUCCUGUGCCAAGAGCUACGGACCGACCCGAUUGCAGAGAUGGGACCAUCCUCCCGCAUCCUGAUUCAAGAGACACCAGGGUUCAUCUUAACAGAGAAGAGGAUCCUGACCAGACGUGUGUUCGUCAGCUUGGACCCCAAGAUUUCCAUCGAGAAGGCAUACAACAUUUCAUCGAUGCAGCUUCCUGAGUUACAGACUUGGUACCAGAUGCACCUCAAAGAGCACAGGACCGUGUGCGAAACAUCUUGGAGCAAGCCCGGAAACCAUUUGUAUCCAGUUCUAUUCCGAUGA